AUGGCCAUCGUCGUUUCACACGUCUCUGCCGGCCCCAGCGGCUUCAUGGCCAAACCCAAACCCUCGGUAUCUCUUAUUACCACGACGACCGCCGCCGUCGCCACCUUCACCUUGGUCUCCGACCCCUCUCGAACCGUCAUCAUUAACGGUGCCCACCCGGUUCCGACCACAACUAUACCCUUCCCUUCUUCCCUCAUGCACCGCCCAACCUCAAGUGCAAGCCGGAGCCCUCGUGCUCGUGCCGUGGAGACGAACCUUGACCUCACUGCCCGACGAGUCGACACAAACAAUCAUGAUGAUGAUGAUGCUGAUGAUGAUGAUGACCUUCAUCACACGGCUGUCCCUGUCGGCAUCAACAACAUCAACCUCAACCAAUUCGAAAAAAUCGACGCCAAUGGCAUACUGGUACCUCGCACCGAAAUCGAUAUCCACGCUGUUCAAACUCAAGUCCCAUAUGACGGCGGCUUUGGGGCCUUUUCUUCUGCUGGUGCGGACUCUGAGCAGCUUCAGCUUGAGCUUUCAAGCUUUAUGGCGGCAGCAUCGGCGUCAGCAUCAGCAUCAGCUACGACGACAAUGACUGAGGCGGCGGAGGAGGAUCUUGGAGUGUCUUCUAGCUCUAGCGGACAGGGGUCUCUACAGGGCAAGAGACUCAGUCGCCCUUGGAUGUGGUCUUUUUCUUUUCUGGUCGUGGGUAUGUUGUUUGCAUAG